AUGUAUGAAUAUUUGUGGCAUAUUCAUAUUGGUAAUUCAACAAUGUCAUUAUCAAUGUUCAACAAUCAUUGUCAAAAUGUUUUGAAAUUAGUAGGAACUCGACUUGUCUCAUUACGUGUAACAUUAACCAAUGCUAUGGAUGGAUGGUCACUUGUUUCAUCAUCUCUAAAAUAUCAUCAAAUAACAUUGCUUCAACGCCUUCAUCUAAUCAAUACUACACCACAUGAUCCAUUUCAUUAUCUUGAUGGUGAAGGAGUUUAUUUAACUAAGGUGUGUUCUAAAUUGCCUCUUCUAACAAAUUGUCGACUUCCAAUUAAUGUUUAUCAUAAAGGUCGAUAUGAUGUAGACAAAUAUUCAUCGCUAUCAAUAAUGAGUUUACCAAGUUUAUUAAAUACAAUUCAUCCUCGUAGAUUGACUAUUGGUAUGAACACGUCACGCUUUCUCAAACGUUUAAUAUCUUAUAUACCGUUUAUUGAAAAUCUUUCUGUUGGUGUAAAAGAUCUAGAAAUGAAACAGAAGAAGAGUUUUGAUAUAAACUUACUACCUGCCGCUGUCGAUGCUCAUCUUCUUUUGUAUCUAUCUUGUUUACAUAUAAAUUCUAAAGAUAGCAUUAGUUUUCACCGAGCUAUUGCGCUUUUAUCGUCUGUGUUUGGUCAACUUCGUCAUCUAUCGUUGAAAUUAGAAAGUGAUGUAGUAAUCUCUAGUCCAUUGACUAUAUCAGGUAAUAUUAUUCAAGAGUUAUGUAUCAAUCGUCUCAAUCAAGGAGCAAUCUAUAAUCUUUAUCUAGAUUUACAUGUUAAAAAUGAUGCGAAGGAAAAAAUAAUUUUUAAUUCAUUUUUGACAGCUCCAUUUACUAAUCGACCACGACCGAAAGUGUUUAUUCAAGAACUUAUUAGUAACGAUGUCGAGCAUGAUUGUCAUUAUUUUACGGUAUUCACUUUACCAUGUUAUGAAAGAAAACUUCGAACAUACAUGUUUUCUAGGACUCUAGAAAAAUAUUAUCCAAUGCCAAUUCAUGCGGUAGAUUUGUUUCCACGCGCUAAUGAAUUAGUUCUUCAUGGUUAUAGGAAUGAGAAUUGUGUUUUAGAGCUUGAUAAUGUUGCAAGUUCUAUAUCAUCAUUAGUUCCGUGGUCAUUAUUAAGAAAAACUUCAAUUGAUAAUAGUGAUGUUGGUACUACAGCUGAAUUAGAAUCAAUAUUACGGAUGGCUUAUAAUGUGCAUUCACUACAUAUAUGGGAAAAUACUGGAAAUUUUCGCCAGGCGGUAUUACGUAAUAUUAAUAAACUUGGUACUCUGGUCAAUAAACAAGUACGGAGUUUAUUUUAA